GUGAGAGACGGGGAGACGUACGAACUGCUCGUCACCAGCGGACGAUCCUUGUAUCGCUACAAGCAGGGAGACCUCCUCAAGGUUGCUGGCUUCACAAACUCCUGUCCUAUCUUCGAGUUUGUUGCCCGACGUAGUCAAGUACUCAGCCUGCGCGGGGAGCGUGUCAGUGAGCAAGCGAUGAUGAAUGCAUUAAAGGAAUGUGCGAACACGUACUGGGGUGGCACCUCCAUCGUUGACUUUACCUGCUGCGCUAGCGCCCUGGCCGACAAACUGCGAGCACAAUCAGCUAUGUGGCCUGACAAACGAUGCACAACGCCACCUGCCGUCAUGGGCAUAAAAACAUUCAAUGAGACAGUUACGACAUUGUUGUUUGCUCUCGCGGAUCGAAAUCUAGGAUGGAUGGAGAGCGGUUUCUCCCCGGGUCUCUACAGCACGUUCACAUACCUGGAGAACACGUGGGAGAGGUUGGUAGAGGAUAUAAGGUUGGGUCGAAUCUCACCUGACCUCAACAUUCCAGCAGACAUUCGCCAAGAUUUGAAUUUGCUGCUUACUCCAAUGCCACGGCGGGCGGACGAGCUGGAACGCGAAUUCAGUAAGGGAUUCACGGCAAUCUGCCGCCGGAUAUGGCCGAACCUGCGCCAGUUGAAGACUGCUGCUUCCGGUUCGUUCGCGCUCUACGCAGAACUACUGACUGAGAAGUACGCGAAGGGCGUCAGUAUCUACUCCAGCCUGUUCAACUCCUCGGAGGCAUAUAUGGGAAUCAACAUGUGGCCCGGAGCUGCUAACAUACACUACCUGCCGACGUUCACGUCAACCUUCUUCGAGUUCAUGCCGCUCAGUGAAGUGCACAAGGAGCAGCCGAAAACAUAUUUCCUAGAUCAGGUGAGAGACGGGGAGACGUACGAACUGCUCGUCACCAGCGGACGAUCCUUGUAUCGCUACAAGCAGGGAGACCUCCUCAAGGUUGCUGGCUUCACAAACUCCUGUCCUAUCUUCGAGUUUGUCGCCCGACGUAGUCAACUACUCAGCCUGCGCGGGGAGCGUGUCAGUGAACAAGCGAUGAUGAAUGCAUUAAAGGAAUGUGCGAACACGUAUUGGGGUGGCACCUCCAUCGUUGACUUUACCUGCUGCACUAGCGCCCUGGCCGACAAACUGCGAGACGGAACGCCACUGCUACUGCCACAUUAUAUCGUCUUCUUCGAGCUAGCCGACUCAAGCAACAACAACUUCCUCACUGCCAAGCAGAGGAACAAGCUGGACGACGUGUUACAACGCGACGUGCAGAUCUACAAGAUAGAACGCAGUGAGAUCUACGGCAUCGGCGCGAUGGAGGUGCAUCAGGUGCUGCAGGGAACGUUCGCAGCCCUGCACCGCUACAUACAUGAGACUAGCGGCUCGUCGUACGACCAGACGAAGAUACCGAAGCUGCUGCUACGUACCGACCACCUCAAGCAGCUGCUCGCCAGAUCUACACACACUCACAUCCAGCAGUAGUCGCUCUAGUCCCGUAUAUAUAUAAUACAUAUAUAUAUGUAUAUAUAUAUAUAUACAGUGUUCGAA